AUGUCAUCAGGAUCUUCUAAGAUAUCUACAUAUAAAAAAACAUCUAUCUUUGAGCGUAAUUUGAACCGUAUAAAAGGGACAGAAAUAAGCCAGGCAGCAUUUUCAUUUUUAUUUGGCGAAAUAGUUAGGUAUACACAAAAAAGAGUUCAAGGAAUUUAUGAAUUAGAAAAGAGACUUAAUAUUCAGGGAUAUAGAGUUGGACAGAAAUUAUUGGAGUUAAUUAGUUGGCGAGAGAAGAAAUAUAAAAGAGAAAUAAGAAUUUUAGGAAUUUUACAGUUUAUUUUUUCAAAUGUAUGGAAAGCACUUUUUAAUAAACAAGCAGACGCUCUUGAAAAGAGCAAGGAAAAUGAGGAUGAAUAUAUGAUUGUAGAUAAUGAGCCUAUGGUGAAUAAAUAUAUAUCGGUGCCAAAAGAAAUGGCUUAUUUUGAUUGUGCGGCAUUUGUUGCAGGUAUUGUGGAAGCUAUUAUGGAUGGAUCGCAGUUUCCUUCGAAAGUAACAGCGCAUUCUGUUCCAACACAGGGAUUUCCUAAUAGAACAGUGAUACUUAUUAAAAUCAAUGAGAGUGUUAUAGAAAAAGAAAAAUAUUUGAAAUAA